AUGUCAAAAGUGCAGAGGUUGGCGUCCCAUGGUCGUGACGUCAUCACAGGGGUCACAACCUUCAUGAUGGCGGCGAUGUUGGCCGCUGGCCGGCCGGCGAAGUCUCUUCGGGCUUUUACUCGGACGAAAACCUUUCCGAGCCGCACGAUGGCGGCUCCGCUCUGUCAGAGGAACACCAGGAACGUUUUGAAGGCCACGCUAGGAGCCUGCUACGCGAAGUUUUUGAGCAGCGACGCUUUUUCUGAUGGCAGGUCCGGUUGUUGUUCACCUUACGCAACACUGCUAUGUGGUGGGAGUGUCCGACAGGUUGAGAGCGUUGGCCAACUCUAUCAGCACGGGAGCAUGGUGGAAAACCUGUACUUAAAGUUGUUAGAAGAUCCCGUUGUGCUGAGAACCUUCGGAGAGCUUUACGACCGUGAGAGAGAUGUAGAAGAACUACAAGAUGCUGACCCGAUCGCUCAAGAAGCCUUGGAAGAAGAUCAGAUCCUCAAGUCGCAUCCUGUCGUUGGUAUUGGUAGUUUUGCAGCCAACUGUCAGCGAUCUUGGGCUUUCCUUCAAGGGGAUGCUACAUCACAACCAUUUGAGCGAUCUCAGGUCAGAAGUUUUAGGACGGACUGUAGGCAGCACUAUCAGAAGUUCCAUCACAGAGAGAGGCAAGUCAACGUCCACUAUUAUGACGUGCUGGGCAUCACUCCAGCCGCCACUCAGACGCAGAUCAAGAGCGCGUACUACAAGAAGUCUAUGCAGUUCCACCCAGACAGGAACAAGACUGCGUUCGCCGCCGACAGGUUCACUGAGAUCACGGAGGCAUACGAAGUGCUCAGCCACAGGGACCUGCGAAGGAAGUAUGACCACGGAGUCCUGAACAAGUCGGACUUGUUGAGGGAAAGGAAACCGACAACUCCGCCGCCUCGACAGGAGGGCAGCAGACAGGCCUACUCAGACACUAAGGUCCAGAGUAGGGGCAAUCUGGGCUAUAACAUGGACGAGUGGCUAAGGGGUCACUACGGAGACGCUAUGGAGCAAGAACAGAGGAGGAAACGCGUCAGGAAGAACUAUGAAGACUAUAAGAGGGCCGAAGCACGUAAUAAGAAGGACUCUUAUAUUGCACUUGUCUUGCUUGGUAUUGCAACUGUGAUUGCCUUCAUUUUAAAGUAACGUUGAUUUUUUUAAAUUGAAAGUGCUCAAGUGUAGUACUGUAAAAAUAACAUCAGUUACAAGUACAGAGGUUUAGCUACAGGUUUGGACCUGUGCUUAAACCUGAACAAGUUGAACCUGUGGUCUUCAAUAAUGACGGAAAUAUGAAUGAACAGGUUACGGAAUGUUUAGUUAGACUUCAGGUAUCUUGUUCCCAUGCAGUAGCGAGGAUCUGAAAUCAUAGAUGGUGCUGAUUUCAACGUUUUCAUCUUUUUCCAGUGCUAAAUCUUCAUCUUUGUGGUCGGAAUAACACGUUUUUAGUUACAAAAUAAGUCAGUGAUCCCGACCCAAGCAUCUGGUGCACUUGUAGUGUACUAGUACAUGUAACGUUUUACCUCAACAAACUAAAACUCUAUAUAGCUAGUUGACACCACAUUUUAAGUCUAAGAUAUAGAUAU